CCCACACCAUACCUAUUACUGCUCCUUUCCAGCGACCGACAGCCCCUCUCUCUCUCUACAUCACAAACAUAUUAACCUUUGUUGCACCCCAAAAGUGAAGUAUACAGAACCUUACAAACAUUUUCACUCUUGUAUUUUAUUUUUUUUUGUUUUUAAAAUGUAUUUUUACUUUCUUGCACCCUAAAAGACAGAAAACAUACAUAUCAAACACCUUACAGCACACUUAACUCUCUUGGCCACGCUUCUUCUGCUUCUACUUACUGUCUCUCUUUCUUUCUUUCUAUUUGUGGUCCAUGUAUUGACCAACUUCCAUAUAUAUCCUACACUGAUCAAUCUUAUUUUGGUUUCAUUUGAGGGAAAAUUAGAAGAGACAAAGAGUGUGUCCGAACAAACAAAAAAAAAAACACAUAUGGAUUGGCAUGGCAACUUAAGGACCUUUGUCUCUCGACCGGAGACUUCCUUUAACUUCCUUUACAACUAUAACUAUGACCAGUAUAAUCCAGGAAUGGAUGUGAAGCAUGCAGCGAUAGCAGAGACACCACACGGGCUGAUUCCGACUAUGGACAAGAUUAGCUUCGGAAGUCAAGAGAAGAAGAAAAGAUUGACAAGUGAUCAGUUAGAGUCACUAGAGAGGAGCUUCCAAGAAGAGAUUAAGCUGGACCCUGAUAGGAAAAUGAAGCUGUCUCGCGAGCUAGGGCUGCAGCCUAGGCAGAUUGCUGUUUGGUUCCAAAAUAGACGUGCUAGGUGGAAAGCUAAGCAGCUUGAACGCUUAUAUGAUUCACUCAAAGAAGAGUUUGAUGUUGUCUCUAAAGAGAAACAGAAUCUUCAAGAAGAGGUUAUGAAACUGAAAGCUAUUCUAAGGCAGGAGAAAGCCACCAGGAAUCAAGUGUCAACAGGCUACACAGAGAUCUCUGGUGAAGAGACAGUAGAAAGCACAUCAGUUGCAAUUCGUAGCUCAGGUGGCAAGCCACGAGGAGGAAGUAGUCAUCAUCAGAUUGCAGAGUGCAACUAUCUUCUCAAUGUUGAUGAAUAUAAUCCAGUAUCAUCACCUUACUGGGCUGUUAUUCCAUCUUAUCCCUGAUUAGCAGACUUUCGUUCUUGUUGUUGAUGUCGUUUGUAGAGCUAUUGAGUAGUAUGCUAGAGUUGGUUUUAGAGUAGUACUUCACGUUUACAAUAUAUGCCAAAUUUUAGCAUUAGUGAACAUGGCUCUUGUCUAAAUUAUCUACAUAUAUUAGAAUAUAAUAAUCGGGUUCCCUUUUGAUAAUAUAUAGGAAAGGACAUUUUGAAAUCUUAUAUACUUUCUGCAUGUAUAUGGCUAAAUGAGCUCCAACUGCUAGGUAAAACUUGUGGAUUCUUCAUAAUAAACACUUAACUAUUAGAUAAUUCACAUAUAUUUGAAUAUUUUGUUACUAAUAUUAUGAUGUAAUACUAUAGUGUAUAAGUAGAAAUAUACAUAUUUAUCACUGGUUAUGUGUUAAAUUCCUCGAUGAAUGACACACAUAAAUAAUUACGUGUAUUAAACUACUACUAGAUGAAUGAUCCAUAUAAAUCAUUACGGGUCAAUCACCUAUGCUAAAGUAGAAAAAUCUUCAUAUAUAUAUAAAUAGUUAGAGUGGUUAGAAAUUACCACUUUUCCUAUUCUUUUACUUAUAUAUAGUACAAAUUUAAAGUCCUGAUCAACUGCAUUACCAUUCAAGAUGAAGUCUGAUAUGAAAUUUAUCACAGGAAUCGACAGAUUCAUCUAUAAGAUGAUGCACGCGCAAGGACAGGAGAGAGAAAGAGAGAAAAAGAGAAAGAACUGAUACUGUUUGCAUGGGUGAAAGCAGCUGUAGAUUUAGAUGUAGGAUUUAAAAGUUUAGUACAAAAAAAAAGUAUAUAAAGGAGAAAAAGAAAAGGCUUAUUGGUAAUGCAGAAGAAUACGGCCGUCCUUACAUUCUAUCAGGAAAAGUUUAUCCAUGAACUCACAACACAUGUUUGCACCUCUUACAUUAGUUGCUGUUCCCAAACCACAGUAAUUGGAGAAGAUGAAAACGACACAACACAAGAUGUCUAAGGUGCAUUCACAAAAGACCCGACGAAACCAAUGCCAAUUUAGGAUCCGUUUGUUUGGCGCAAAAUAUUUAGUAGAAAAAUACAUUUAUUUUCUGUUAUUUGAUACUACAAAACAAUUAUUCUUUGAUAAUUGACAUGCUUAAAAAAAUAUUAUUUUCUUUCUAUAAGAGAGCUUAUCGAGAUUUUAUAUUUUUAAUAUAUAAUAUAUAAUUCCAUAAGAAAAUAUCAUGUUCAUU